CCACAAGCUGUGAGGCCGCGGUUGCAACCAGAAUGAAGGGCUAACAUCACCUGCUGUACUUGAGCUCCAUGCAGGCUAAGUCACUUCUGUCCCUUCCUUCUUCUCCUACUCCGUCGUCACGGGCCUCUCCCGACUUGCAUCCUCCCUCCAUUCUUCUUAUCUGUGACUGAAGACAGACCAGCAUGGCAGUGCCUCUGACCGUUCGUGAGCUUGGCCAAGGCUGGCAAUUCAAGCAGACCGAUGUGGAAGAGUGGUUACCGGUGGCACGAGUGCCUACUAAUGUCCAUCUCGAUUUGAUGGACAACAAAAUCAUAGAGGAUCCUUUCCUCGGCUUUAACGAGCUCAAGUGUGAGUGGGUGGGAGAGAAGUCAUGGAGCUAUAGGGUCCAGCUGCCGGACAUCCCCAAGGCAGAUGAGGGCACGAAGCAUGUUCUGGCCUUUGACGGCCUCGACACAUUCGCGACUGUGAUGCUCAACGGCAAGGUGAUUCUAGAGAGCGACAACAUGUGGCUUAUGCAUAGGCUAGACGUGACGAGCGAGCUGAAACACGGGAACCUCAACAUGCUGGAGAUUGAGUUCAAGCCGGCGCUGCUCGAAGCACGCAAGAUCAAAGACGCACAUCCAGAGCACAAGUGGGUUGGCUUCAACGGCGACAUGGCGCGUUUGGCGGUACGGAAGGCACAAUACCAUUGGGGUUGGGACUGGGGCCCGGUGCUGAUGACUUGCGGUCCCUGGCGUGCUGUAAGAGUGGAAACCUACCAGGCACGUGUGGAAGAUCUUCGGGUCGACUACACCGUGCAUGACACGCUCGACAAGGUUAGCGGCACGAUCACAGCUAUUGUGGAAGGCAGCUCGGCGAAGGCAGUCGACUUUUCGGCGUCAUUCCAGGGCAAGGAGGUGUUCAAGGGCUCCGCCGACGUCGAUAGCGAUGGACAGGCCAAAGUAGAGUUCCAUGUCAACGAGCCAAGGCUAUGGUACCCGCAUGGCUAUGGUGAGCAGCCAUUGUACACCGUGACUGCCACCGCUUCCACUGGACAGCAUGACCUUCACUCCCUAUCGAGACGCACUGGAUUUCGGAAAGGUGAACUUGUGCAACAGCCAGACGAGACCGGCAAGACCUUCUACUUCCGCGUCAAUGGCAUCGAUGUCUUCUGUGGUGGCUCUGAUUGGAUCCCGGCGGACAGCUUCACGCCUCGCAUUACAGAAGCCAAGUACCGUAAAUGGCUGGAAAUGAUGGUGGAUGGUUAUCAGGUUAUGAUCCGCAUAUGGGGUGGCGGUAUCUGGGAGGAGGACGUCUUCUACGACAUCUGCGACGAGCUUGGGAUCCUUGUGUGGCAAGACUUCAUGUUUGGCUGUGGCAACUAUCCUGCGUUUCCAGAAAUGUUGAAGUCGAUAGAAGCCGAAUGUGUCUGCCAGACGAAGCGGUUACGGCACCAUCCUUCCCUAAUCAUUUAUGCUGGCAACAACGAGGACUAUCAGGUGCAGGAAGCAUGCGGGCUGACGUACAAGUAUGAAGACAAAGACCCUCAAAGCUGGCUCAAGACAGACUUCCCUGCGCGGUACAUCUACGAAAAGCUUCUGCCUGAAGUUGUGGCUGCACACUCGCCGCAUGUACCGUAUCAUCCAGGCUCGCCGUGGGGAGACGGCAAGAUCUCUUCUGACCCCACAGUUGGCGAUAUGCACCAGUGGAACGUCUGGCAUGGUACACAGGAGAAGUACCAGAUCUUUGAUAAGCUAGGAGGCAGGUUCAACUCAGAGUUCGGCAUGGAGGCAUUUCCGCAUAUUGACACGAUCAAGUACUUCGUCACUGACCCUUCACAACUAUACCCGCAAAGCCAUAUGAUCGAUUUCCACAACAAGGCGGACGGCCACGAGCGACGGAUCGCCACGUACUUGGUUGAGAACUUCAGGACACAUACGGACCUCGAGAAGUUCAUCCAUCUUACCCAGUUGAGCCAGGCAGAAGCGCUCAUGUUUGGAUACAGGGGCUGGAGGCAGCAGUGGGGUCAAAAGCGUCACUGUGGUGGAGCAUUGGUGUGGCAGCUCAAUGACUGCUGGCCGGUAACUUCGUGGGCAAUAGUCGACUACUUCCUGCGAAAGAAGCCGGCCUACUAUGCGAUGCGGAGAGUGCUGGCACCUGUUGCCGUUGCGGUGAAAAGAGCGCAUCAUGACUGGAGCGUUGUUCAUGCGCGUCCGGCGAAGACCAGCGAUUGGGAAUGUUGGGUGGCAAGCAGCAAGGCCACCGACGUGACAGCAACCGUCGAACUGCGCUUCAUCAGCAUCGCGAGUGGAAAGGAGAUAAAGGAGAAAUUUGUGAAGCAGGACAUUAAAGUUGUGCCUAAUGGUACCACAGAAGUCCUGACAGGCACGAUCGACCAUGCGAAGGAGGAGCCGCAUGUGCUCGCCGCACGUGUAUGGGUGGGUGGUGAGAUCGUCUCGAGAGACGUUGACUGGCCGCAACCGCUUAAAUACCUUGACUUCAGCGAUCGAGGGGUUGAGGUGGCGCCGAGCGGUGAUAAGAUCCUGGUGAAAGCCGCGAAGCCAACUAAGGGACUUGUCUUCGAAGAGCGGGAAGGUGUGCUUGUGCACGACAGCGCUCUUGACAUUGUGCCUGGCGAUGAGCAGACCAUCAGAGUCCGGGGACUUGCUCGGAACGCCCAGGCUCUAAAGUGGACGUACCUCGGAGAGCCAUGAUGAUUAGGAUGCCAUUAGCAGUGGACUCACGAGCGUUGUUCUCGACUGCGACCCGCCAUGCUCAACCACUAGUCUGUAGGCUGUACGGAGACAGCCGAGCCAGGCAAUCUGCGCUGGCAGCGUGAGUGGUGUUCCCUGCCACCUCGAACUUUGCUUGCUUAGCAGUAGAAGGUCAAUUCAAUGAUUACGGGCUAUGCAUAUGAUUGGCCCGGCACCGCAACAUGGACGGGCUCUACGUUAUCGACCACGAUUUUCUGAAUGACAAGGGCUAGCUCCCCUGCCCUUUUGACGCGAAUGGCACAACUCCUGAUCGGUAGCAGAAUUCGUGGCGACAGAGAAGGGUGAAUGACGGAGUAUCAAAAGCUGAUGGAACUUACCGUAGAAUCCACAUAUCGCCUCUUUACCUCGUCAGCGGCAUGACCACUGAUCUGCUUGACCCGAAACUUUCA